AUGAGUGCCCAAACAGCUCCAAAGUGGUAUCAAUCCGAAGACGUCGCUGCUCUUAAGAAGACCAGAAAGGCUGCUCGCCCACAAAAGUUGCGUGCUUCUCUAGUUCCAGGUACCGUUUUGAUCUUACUAGCUGGUCGUUUCAGAGGAAAGAGAGUUGUUUACUUGAAGCAUCUAGAAGACAACACUUUGUUGAUUUCUGGUCCAUUCAAGGUCAAUGGUGUCCCAUUGAGAAGAGUUAAUGCCCGUUACGUCAUUGCUACCUCUACCAAGGUCUCUGUCGAAGGUGUCAACGCUGAAAAAUUCAACGUGGAAUACUUUGCCAAGGAAAAGUUGACCAAGAAGGAAAAGAAGGAAGCUAACUUGUUCCCAGAACAACAAAAUAAGGAAAUCAAGACCGAACGUGUUGAAGACCAAAAGAUUGUCGACAAGGCUUUAUUGGCUGAAAUCAAGAAGACCCCAUUAUUGAAGCAAUACUUGUCUGCUUCUUUCUCUUUAAAGAACGGUGACAAGCCACACAUGUUGAAAUUUUAA